AUCUUCCACAUUCACCUCCUUGAGCUGUCGUUGCGGCGUUGAAGCCUGCAAGGCCAAGCGUAAGCUCUGAAAUCAGCAGAAGAUGGCAUUUCCAGAAUCGCGUUUGGUUUCUUCGAACGAGGUCAAGGAUGCUAUUACUGAGUUCGCUAGGGGAUUUAACCACAAUUACUACCGCCCAUUGCACCUAGCAACACUCAAAGGUGAUUGGGAAUCUGUGAGGGCGUUCAUCGAGCAUGAUCCAAAUGCAUUGACAGCAAAGAUCACCACAAUUUCUAGGACUGCACUACAAGUGGCAGCCAUAGCAGGGCAGUGGAAACUUGUGGAGAAGUUGGUGCAGCAAAUGCCUGUAGAAGCGCUUGCCGAGGUAGACUUGAUGGGAUGUACUGCCCUGCACUAUGUUGCAUUGGGUGGAAAUGCAACAGCAGCCAAGGCAUUGGUGACCAAGAAUCCUUCUGUGACACAAAUAACUGAUUUUGAAGGAUUCUCUCCUCUUGUCUAUGCAAUUACUUCUUCUACAAGUAAAGAGUUGGUAUGGUACCUUGCUUUGGUUACUACAGAUGAGAGACCUGCUUGCCCAUUCUCUGGUCCUUCAGCUAGUCGUCUUGUUGCUUUGCUUACUGCUGCAGGAUUUCAUGAUAUCACUCUGUUUCUUCUUCAGCGCUAUCCCAACUUGGCCACCAUGGCAGACUCAAAUGGGAGUGUUAUAUUUAAUGUCUUGUCGAAAAUGCCCUCAGACUUCCAAAGUGGAAGUGAGCUUGGGCUUUUGGGAAGCUUCAUUUACCACUUUGUUUCAGUGGAACUUGAUCAUUUACAGCCAAGAGGAGAUUUGAAGGAUCUUCAUGACACAUCAAACAAAGGUUUCAUCUGGAAAGCUAUUGAGAAGCUGGUUCCACGCAUAAAGCUAGUAAGAGACACAAAGUUGAGACAUAAAUCUGCUCUAAGAUUGGUAGAGUAUGUUUGUUCACAAGCUUUGAUCAUGAACAGCUCGCUAUUCUGGCAGUCUUUCAUCAGUGCAGACAUUUUGUACAAUACCAUAUCAUCUGGGAUAGUUGAAAUUUUAAGGAUAUAUUUCCAGUUCUUUCCUGAUUUGAUUUGGACUAAAAUGCCAUAUGAAGGAUAUAUAAUGCAAGUUGCCAUCAAGAAUCGGCAAGAAAAGGUCUUUAGCCUUUUGUGUAAGAUGCCAAUCGGUAAGCUAUUAGUUUUGGUGGUAGAUGAAUCACAAAAUACCACAUCACAUCUUGCAGCAAGGUUGACUUCUUCUCCUCAGCUGGCCUCAAUUUCUGGUGCAGCAUUUCAGAUGCAAAAAGAGUUACAAUGGUUUAAGGAAGUGGAGAAAUUGGAUCAUCCUCUUCAUAAACAAGUUAAAAACCAGGAUGGGGAAACAGCUUGGCAGUUAUUCAAGGAUGAGCAUAAGGGUUUGCUUGAACAAGGAGAGAAGUGGAUGAAAGAUACUUCAAACUCAUCUAUGUUAGUGGCAGCUCUUAUUGCCACAGUUGCUUUUGCUGCUACUAUCACGGUACCUGGAGGCAAUGACCAGGACAAAGGAAUCCCAAUAUUCUUGAGGGAUAAAGCAUUCAUGGUGUUUGCUGUCUCAGAUGCAUUGGCUUUAUUUUCCUCUGUAGCUUCUAUUUUCAUUUUCUUAUCAAUAUUAACCGCGUACUAUGCUGAAGAAGAUUUCCUCAGGACACUGCCUAGCAAGAUGAUUCUAGCUUUGGCCUCUCUGUUCUUUUCUACAGCAACAAUACUGAUAGCUUUUGGGGCAGCUCUUUCUUUGACUCUUGGGGAAAGACUCAAAUGGGUGCCAAUUCCAAUCACUCUUAUGGCUUCUCUCCCACUUGCUCUAUUUGCAGUGCUUCAAGUUCCCCUGUUUGUAAGAAUGAUCAUAUCAACUUAUGGACGUGCAAUCUAUCACCCUCAAGAUCUUUGGUAGCACUUUCAAUGUCUAAUAUGGGAAAUUCGAUGCCCAAAUGUUGCCCUUCCUGAAUGGAUUCCAAAGCUAGUGGCACUGCAAGCAAUUCCAAGACUUACAAAUGUAUAGUAUGUUUGGCAUGUAGAGAAGUUGUUUUUAAAAACAAUUGAAAAUAUAUUUAAAAAGAGUAUGAAAUGAGUGUUUUUCAUUUCCUUUUAGAAAUCAUUUUUCUACUUAAUAAAAUGUAAAACAUUGAAGGAUAAUUCUCUUAAAAUGCUUGUUCAAUUAAUAUCCAUUGAAUCA